ACGUAAUAAAAUUAUUUAUAUAAACUGGUAAAAGCAAUACAAGUUUUGCGCUUGGGACUUGUCAGACCUCAAGUAGGUCUUUCACUUGGGGUCUGUCAGACCCCACGCGUAGACUUUUCACUUGGGGUUAUAACAUAUUAAAUUGUCAAGCUGUACAAACUAUCAAAAUGCGAUCUCUGCAACAGCUACUCAUAAAGUAAGCACAGCGAGAGAACAAUCAACAUCACGAAAAAGAGGCAACAAUGUCAAUAACAUGCUUUUUUAAGAGAGGGAUUAUUAUAACAAAUUACAUUUAUAACAAUAUUAUUUUAAACUUGUCAAAGCUAUUUCUCUUUUACUUAUAAGUAUAUAAAAAACAUUACCUCAAAACAUUCUAUUAUUCUAAUCUUAUAUUAAUUUCAUAGCUAUAUAUUAUAGUAAGAUGUCGACCAAUAGAGUCCGAAAUGACUUUAGUGCUGGGCGGAGACUAUAAUGAAUUUAUUAUGCGAGCGUUUUUUAAUAUGGUACCCAUAGCGCUGAUAAAUGAAACAAAUCCUCGGUUUAAUGCCCUUGAGAAAUUUGCUCUGACAAAAUAUUCCUUCUUAAUGCUUGAGAAUUACAAUUUUAUCCAUUUCCUUCGAAAGGCACAUCGUUUUGUGCUGGUGUCAUCUUCUCAACCCCUCCUGCGAUCUCUGUUACAGAGAGCAAAGGACUCGCCAUGGGCGAAUCCGGAAGGAUUUUAUAUCCUAAUCGAUAAGCAGACCGAGACUCGGGGCUGUAUAAAUGCUCGCUCAUAUCUCUGGACAGCUUGGGAAUAUGACUUGCUCUCAGUCAUAUUCAUAUGCAUCGAUCCGAACGAUGGAAUUGUUUAUUACACGUAUAAUCCGUAUUCGAACAGUACGCCAGACAACUGGUACGAAGUAGGACAGGCCAAAGGACGAAAUGGUCAUCCUUGGAUAAUAUUAAAGAGAAAAUUUAUAUUCGAUAACGAUACGUGCACAGAUCUGGAUUUUGAUAAAACGUCCACUCUGGAUGGUUACGUAAUUCGAUUAAACGCCGUUGAGAUGGAACCGUUUAUCAAAGUCAAUUUGAGUUUACCGAAAGAAGACAAAUUUCGCGGUGAUAACAGUGAGAUCAUUAAAAUACUCUUACAGAAACUGAAAGCACAUCUCUUGAUCACACUUUCUUUAGAAAAUAUCUAUACGUUGGGCGGUAUAGGACCGAACGGUACUUUUGAAGGUUUGAUGGCUCCUCUGAGCGAGGGCAGAAUAGACAUUGCUAUGAAUACGAGAAUUUUGUUUUCAAUGUGGAAGGUCAGGUACGUCUCGAUAUUUUCCAAGAAAAAAAAAAUAAUUUCUAUUAAUUUUUUAAGAGGAUUUCUCAAAGAUUUAAGAGAACAAAAUGAGAGAGAAAGAGAAAUACAUGCCUCUUCUAUGUAUUGCAUAAUAUAUGAAAACCUGAUAGAAAUUAAAAAGAAUAAUACUUUAUUUAUUUUCAGAUACACAUAUCCCCAUUCGAGAUCAGGCGUUUGCGUGAUGGCGCAACCAAAGAAACCAAUCUCCGAGUUCAUGAAAAUAGUAACCUUUCUGUCGCCGGUGGUAAUGGUGGGAGUCAUCGCGAUAUGUCUAUUAAUUUACAUAAUUUUUACGCAAAGCUUAGGAUACAUAGAGGCUGGGCUAGAAGUGAUAAGACUCAUGAUCUGCGUUGGAAUUUUACAUUUGCCCAAAAUCAAUUCCACUAGGAUCUUCAUAUGCAUGGUGUUGAUUUUAUUCCUGAACAUAAAUGCUCUCUUCCAAAGUCACUUGUCAUCUUUGCUCACCGUGCCAGUCUAUUAUCGCGAUAUCGAUACCCUAACAAGUCUCAAGGUAAUAGUAAAAUCUUAUUUUAUUGCUUCUAAAGCCGGUUACACUUUCUACGGAGCGAAGAUCUUCAAAGACAUGAUCGACGAUCCUGUACUCAAAUCGCGCUACAAGUUGGUCUCGUAUAAGGAUUGCAAGGAGCACGUCGAGAAUUCAUCGACCGCCGUGUGCGUCGGUGACUGCUACCACAUGUAUUACAGAAUCAAAGGUCAAGAUCUUAUUAAAUCAAGAAUGCUGAUGCCGAUGAUACAAUCGUAUGUCACCCGCGAGGAUUGGCCACUGUACAAUCGCGUGAAUGAUAUUAUACAGCAGAUGAUGCAGACUGGCUUGAUUAAGAAACCUCGAGAUGAUAUUCUCUUGGAGAUAAAACGCAAGAGAGAGAAAAGAAUCGCUUCAAAGGAGAAAAGCUUCAAAGUAAUGCUACUAAAGCAGCUGGCAUUUAGUUUUUACAUUCUUGGAUUUGGAUACGCUUGCGCCAUUAUAAUCUUUGUGCUGGAGAAGGCAAUCGGUGGUUCUGUUCCCGUAUAUCAAAACUGGAUCGGGAAGAGCGAUCGAAGAGAAAAAAUAAGAAUACGAGAAAAAAGAAGAAGCUGGAACAAACAGUAAAAUUCCGAAGAU